CUUUACCUCCGCCCCCCUCCCUGGGGGGGCAAGAGGGGAGCCCCAGCUCCUGGCCCGCUGUGCUACUUCCAGCGGGACGGACGGAUAGAUUGCCUGCUGGACGAGCGGAUGAGUGGAUUGGCGGACGGGGCAGCCUGCCUGACUGGCGGCGUUGUUGGCCCUGAAGGCUUGGCGGGACAUGAACUUGAUUGACAUUCUCUGGAGACAGGACAUCGACCUCGGGGCGGGCCGGGAAGUGUUUGACUUCUGCCAACGGCAGAAGGAGUAUGAGCUGGAGAAACAGAAGAAGCUGGAAAGGGAAAGGCAGGAGAAGCUGCAGAAAGAGCAGGAGCAGGCCUUGCUCGCCCAGUUCCAGCUGGACGAGGAGACGGGCGAGUUCCUCCCCAUCCAGCCCGCGCGGCCCUCCCAACUCGAGGGCGGGGACGGGCCCGCGGCCUUCUCCCAGAACCCCCCGACCCCCAAGCCGGACGCCUUGACUUUCGAUGACUGCAUGCAGCUCUUGACCGAGACGUUCCCCUUCGUGGACGACAAUGAGGUUGCUCCAGCCCCAUUUCAAUCCCUCAGUCCGCCCCCCGCCGAAAGCAGCCCCGUCUUCGCCCCUCCCAGCCCGACUCCGGCUUCCGCCGAAGCCCCCGUCCUGGAGCCACCCGCCCCGGACUCGGCCACUAUGCAAGACAUAGAGCAAGUGUGGGAGGAGCUGUUGUCCAUUCCAGAGUUACAGUGUCUUAACAUUCAAAACGACAAGCAGGCCGAAGUGGCCCCACUGCUGAACCCCGAACCCAAAUCGGGCCCGGCGGACCCCCCCUACGGCUUCUACGACGCGCUGUCCCCACUGGCCUGCACCAUCAAGAAAGAGAUGAGCGACAGCAGCCCCGCCUUCCUCAGUGCUUUUGAGGACAGCGCCCUCCCCGCGCAAGACCUCAGCGUGCCGGGCGCCGGGGCCGAGCCCCCCAGCCCCACGCUCGGCCCCGACUUCUGUGAGGAUUUCUACUCCACGUUUGUGGCGGAGCCGGAGCCGGGGGGCCCGUCCCCCCAGGGGGCCCCGAGCCGGUCGCUCACGGACCUGCUCAACGAGCCCAUAGACCUGGCCGACCUGGCCCUGUGCAAAGCCUUCGCCAGCCCGCGGCCCCGCAGCGGGCCCGAGGCCAAUGACGCCGACUCGGGCAUCUCCCUCAACACGAGCUCCGCCGUGGCCUCCCCCGAGCCCUCGGCCAACUCUUCCGUCGACGGAGACGCGGCCCCGGGCUCCAGCGACUCGGAGACGGACGACACCGACGGCAAGAGCCGGCUCCACGCGGGGGCCGAGGGCGGGCGGCGGGCGGACCCGCCCAAGAGGGAGGCGCCGGCCGGCCGGGGGCCGCCCCCGGCCCCCAGGGACAGGCCCGCGGGCCGGCUGGAGGCGCAUUUCACGCGAGACGAGCAGAGGGCCAAGGCCCUGCAGAUCCCCUUCCCCGUGGACAAGAUCAUCAACCUGCCCGUGGACGACUUCAACGAGAUGAUGUCCAAGGAGCAGUUCAGCGAGGCCCAGCUGGCGCUCAUCCGCGACAUCCGCCGCCGGGGCAAGAACAAGGUGGCCGCCCAGAACUGCCGCAAACGCAAGCUGGAGAACAUCGUGGAGCUGGAGCAGGACUUGGAUCACCUAAAGGACGAGAAGGAGAAGCUGCUCAAGGAGAAGGGAGAGCACCACCUCAGCCUCCGCCUGCUGAAGCAGCAGCUGAGCAGCCUGUACCUGGAGGUCUUCAGCAUGCUGCGCGACCAGGACGGGCAGCCCUACUCGCCAGCCGACUACUCCCUGCAGCAGACGCGCGACGGCCACGUGUUCCUCGUCCCCAAGAGCAAGAAGCCGGGCGGACACGGGAACUAGGCCGGGCGAGCGGGAGGGAGGGAGGGCGGGACGGUGCCGGUCCUGCUCCUGCUGCCUCCGCCGGCCGCAGACCAACCGUUCUUUCGUACUGUUAGACUGAGAGCUCCUACUGUGAUGUGAAAGGCAGAUUUCAACUCGUGUUUUCUAAGUGAUUCUAUGCAAAUAUACAGAUUAUAUAGUCCAGGUUAGUAUAGAAAAUGCACACCUAAAGAUAUAAAAGCGUCCAAGUAAUAGAAGGCAUACGGAAGGAUGCAAAAAUCAGUAGUUACCUUUUUCUAACGGCUGAUGUUUCUUUUCUUAACAGCAUUUUUUGGGCUAGUUCCUGUAAGUGUAAAUAGUACAGAACUUAUUUAUAUACUAUUCCUCCUUUGUUACAACCCUAGAUUUAUAUGAAAAUAUGAUUUAGCUUGCUAAAUCCAAUUUGUUGCAAGACUAACUGCAGAGACUUUUUUUUAUAAAUACCAGUUGGACUGAAAUUGGCUGCCCUUUUUUCUUAAAUUGUUUUGCUUGAGAGUAAAUAUUUUAAUUUAGUAAAAGAGCUGGAAUUAAUAAAAAUAUACAAGAGUUAGAUCAUUGAAAUGAUUUUUUGGGGAGUCGCCCACGAGACCUUAUGCAAUAAGUACGCUGGCUCAAAAGGAUCCCCCAUUAACAAAAUUUCCAUUCCCGUAUCUGGUUAUUUUCCACUCACAUGUUUUUGUACACUCGACGAGGUGGUCUUAGUAUGACAAAAUCCCAGGUAGCACUGAGUGUCCGUUCCAGUGAGAGGGCCGCAUCUCCGACCAGCUGUUGACGGCAAACGAACUGUGGGUUGAACUCAGGUUCCCACCUUCUCUCUCCGCUGGUGGCUGAAAACAUUUUACUCACUUCCACUCGGCUCCCCAUGUCCCUUACGGUUUGUAACUUGCAGGCCGGGCACCCCUGUCAGAAUGGAACCAGAGCCGCACGCACCACUGGAAUCGGUUCUUCCAACCAAAAUGGAAAAUGCUUUUGAGCACAAAUAAAAUAUUUUUUCUACAGCA